AUGUCGAUGGCUCUAGCACCGCCGGUUAUCCCUCCACAUUUACGCGCCGAUCCCAACUACGACAGCGAUAUGAACACCAUUCCAGAUCCACGGACCCCGAGUCCGCUGUCCGGACAUCCGGCACAAGCAUUGUCGCGAACCGAUUCGGGGUCAGAGGAGGGCGCGAUUCAAAAUGAGGUCUCGGUAUUGACGACCAAGUUGAUCAAUGCCAUGAAUCACCAGACGAACCUGGAUGAUUCGUUGCAGCAGACGCGGCAUGAGUUAGAGCAGGCGAUGGAGAAGCUGAAGACGCUGGAGGCAGAGAAUAAACGGCACAAAGUGUCAGUGCAAGAGGGGGUGCUGAUCAAGAGGGAGGACGUAGAGAAGACGGACACGAAGCUUAGGAAUGACCUGGCGGAGGAGCGGGAGAGGAGGAUAGCGUCAGAGAAGACGAAGGACAAAAUCGAGAAGGAGUUGGAAGAGCUGAGUGCGAACCUGUUUACGCAAGCGAAUAAUGUAAGACAAAAUACGAAAGAAAAGAAUCAGCGCGACAUGGACGAGCUCAAGACCCAGUCCGAUCGCACCGCCUCACACCUGCGCGCUCAGCUACGCGAAGCGGAAGACCUCGUCAAGCAACAUCAGUCCCAGCUCACCGACCUGAAAACCGUAUUGCAAUCCAUAUCCGAGUCUGGAUCCCCCUCUCAAUCCUCACCAACGACACCUCAUGCAACACCCGCUCCUCCCACCCCAACCAUCCGCCAACCUGACUUUGACGCCGCCAAACACGCGACGUUCAAGCCCGCAAUCAUCUCACAAGCAUCUGUCACACCGUCCACGGCACUCACCCUCCCCGACCUCCUCCAACCCGUCCUCCGCACCGAUCUGCAUUCUUACGAUGAUUUCUCCACUCUACUCCGAACUAGCCGUACCCUCCCGCCCACUUCCCUCCCUUCGCCCCCACCGCAACCCUCUUCCGUCUCCGCGCCCGCCAGCCGAGCGUCCUCCGGGAAUUACACCGCCAUGGCGCAUGCCAUCUCUCUCGCACACCCCAUAUCCCCUCCUUCCCCGACCACCGGCUCCUCACCUACCCUCCACCCCUCCAACCCCGAUACUCUCGCCCCCGGCAGCCAACUCCACCACCAACUCCUCACCUCCACCCUCAAGGACAGCAAAUUCUACAAGCGCGUCCUCACUGAAGACAUCGACCCCACACUCCGCCUCGACCUCGCCCCCGGCCUCUCCUUCUUCGCCCGCCGCACCGUCAUGGCCGCCCUCGCCGCCGGCACCCUCGUCUUCCUCCCUCGGAACCACGGGCCGGUCCACCCGUGCGCGCUGUGCGGGGAGAACCGGAAGGUGGUGACCGGGGCGGAUAAGCGGGGCGGGGGAUACGUGGACGAGGCGUACGCACGGCGGCACUGUUUCCGGGUGAGCGAGGAGGGGGAGCGGACGAAGUAUCCGUUGUGUGGGUACUGCGUCGCGCGGGUGCGAGCUGCGGCAGAGCUGGUGGCGUUUUUGCGAAGGGGGGUGGGGGGACAUUUGACGGGGGGCACGCAGGGAGCGGAAGAUCGGGAGAAGGAGAAGGAGGUGACCGGGCGGCUGUGGGAGGAGUGCGUGCGGUUGCGGGAGAGGAUGUUUUGGGCGAGGAUCGGGGGUGGGGUGGUGCCGAAGAUCGAAGUGGAUGGGGAGGGGAAGGCGGAGGGGCGGUUGGACGAGGCGGAAACGAGGGACAUGACGCUCCGGGUUAGUAGUGAGAGUGCGCGGACAGGCAACACGGUCGGUAGCGGGGAAGCGUUGGAUUCGGUUGUCGAGGAUCGCGCGGUCGAGGAGAAAGGGGAGAGGGAAGAUCGGGAGCGGGAACAGCAUCAGAAGGAUGAUGUGUCGAGCGGGAGCGUCAGCCCGUCGUUUGGGACGCCAGACGAUGAGAAGGAGAACGAGCCGGUUAGCCCAUUGGAAGAGAGACGAGCAACCGAUGUGAAGCUUCCAGGGGCGUUCGCCGGCUAA